CAAGAUUUAGUACAUCCUGCGAAAACUAUAAGCGAUUAUUUGAAAAGUGAAAACUUUCAAGGGUUAAUCCUAUGCUUUGCUUCGUCAGCUUUUAAACAGCAUUUACGUGAUAGUGGAUUCGAUGUCGUAGAAGAGAAAGAACGACUUAUUGAUGGCUCCGUAAUCGAUUUGCAUCAUGCCAUAUAUAACAAAGAUCCCGUAAAGGCUGUUGUAAUUGAUAUUGAUUUUAAUUUAACUGCCUGGAAAUUGAUGAGAGCUCAAGUUUUGUUGAAGAAUCCCCAAUGUUUGUUUAUAGCUGGUGCUGCCGACCCACGCAUUCCAUUUGGUGGCCAUGAAUUGUUGGGUCCAGGAGCCUUUAUGCACAUUGUUGAAGAAGCCAAUCAACGAAAGGCCAAAGUCUUUGGUAAACCUGGAGCCGAGUUGGGAGAAUUAUUAAAACGUUCUUUCAACAUCAAUGAUCCUAAACGAGUUUUAAUGAUCGGUGACAGCUUACGAAGUGAUAUACAAUUUGGCAAAGAAUGUGGAUUUCAAACAAUGUUUAUAUUAACGGAACCAUUUGAGGUACAACAUUUGCAAUCGCUGGAAUUGAAUACGUUAAAUUGUCCCGAUUACGUCAUUGAAAAAUUGGCCGAUUUGAAUAAUCUUAUUUAA